GGCACAUUACGAUUGCGUUACAUUCCCAUUUUUCCCCCCCCACAAAAGAAUCAUAAGAUCCCAUUUUGUCAUAAAAUUACGAAUUUUCGUUUUAUUUUCUUACGAUUUCUCAACCAUUUACAGAGAGAGAUUAGAGAAAGGGAAAGAAAAGGGGGAAUUUGAGUUUUUUGAAGAAGAAGAAGAUGAAGAUCACGGCGUUGCUGGUCUUGAAAUGCCACCCAGAAGGAUCGGAUCCGAUUAUAUUAGCCAACGCCUCUGAUGUGAGUCAUUUCGGUUACUUUCAGAGGUCCAGCGUUAAGGAGUUCAUCUGUUUUGUUGGUCGGACCGUCGCUAAACGUACCCCACCUGACCAGCGUCAAUCUGUUCAGCACGAAGAGUACAAGGUGCAUAGUUACAAUAGAAAUGGUCUUUGUGCUUUGGGAUUUAUGGAUGACCACUACCCAGUUCGAAGUGCAUUUUCUCUGCUUAACCAGGUUAUAGACGAGUACCAAAAAAUUUUUGGUGAAACAUGGAGAAAUGCACAAGCAGAUAACUUCCAACCAUGGCCCUAUCUGACUGAAGCUUUAACCAAAUUCCAGGACCCUGCAGAGGCUGAUAAAUUGUUGAAAAUACAGAGGGAGUUAGAUGAAACCAAAAUUAUUCUUCAUAAGACCAUUGACAGCGUGCUUGCACGUGGCGAAAGGUUGGACAGUUUGGUCGAGAAGAGCUCUGAUCUCAGUGCAGCAUCACAGAUGUUCUACAAACAAGCUAAAAAGACCAACCAGUGUUGUACCAUAUUGUAAGCUUUUGAUGGCAUGACAUAGAAGGUGAACCAGAGAAUUGAUGAUUGUAAUAUGAUUAUAUCCGUCACAAUUUGUUUGCUUUGCUGAAUCUUGUGAAUUCUAUCCUGUUUGUUGUUUAAAAGAUGGGGGAGCAAAAUGAUGGGCGUAGAUCCUACUCGUAUAGUAUAUUGAUGUCUCAUUUUCUUCA